UAUUUUCAGCCACUAAAAAAACACCAGUGUCUGCAUCCUGUCAUGUGAUUUCCUGUGAGAUGUCAAGUCUAUCAGCAGUCAGUGAGUUAAUGUAUGAGUGAACAGAUCUAAAAUCUGCACCACCUGUCAAACAGUGAACCAUACCAACAGGACUUGAGGAGCAACGCUAACUCCAGAUCAGCCACCCGGAGGUCUUCUGUUGUGUGACGUUGCUUUGAGAUGCAAAGAAGGAGGUUUUCUUUUUUAAAGGAAAUUGCGGAAGUAACUUUUUCAGAACUUGAAGUUUCAUUUUAUGGCAACAUGUUUUCUCAUAGCUUCAAUUUUUUAACUUAACUGAACUGACGCGACUAAGUGUUACAACAUUUGAACAUUAGGUGAACAGUAUGGAGGAACACAACAGUGUCAACUUCUUGAGACUCCUGUCAGAUGAGAGCUCUCACUCCACCUUGUCCUCCGACUCAUGCGAGUAUUAUCAGACGGAGAUAUUCGACCUGCUGCCCAGCAUUCAGGCCAGCCGUCCGUUGCAGAACAGACAGGACUACUGGGAUGCCAGUGAGGACCACCAUGGUGGUCCAGAGCCAGGGGAGAGGCUGAGCCAUGGCCACCUGUCCAGAGACAGGACAUCUGCUCAGCCACUCAGGAACCUGGCAGUGUGUAUUCAGGGGAAGAGAGACACCAGAGAAAGGAGGAGUAUGCAAAUAACCAAUAUUGGUUUUUGGGAGUCAUGGAGGCGGAGCCAGAGUAUCAACAGGAAGAGGGUGUGGGCACAAAUGGGAGGGGCUCUUUCAGGCCUGUUGCCAUGGCAACACACACUCCAUGCCAUUCAAGGAAAGUUUGGAGUUGGCGUGAAAGCCUAUUUUGUUUUCCUCAGAUAUCUGGUUUUCUUGAAUGUACUGCACUUUGCUCUAAUAUGGGGCUUCAUUCUGGGUCCUACAACGUUUUACGGCAGGGGAAACACCAGUGAACCCUUGAGGUUUGGAGGCAAUGAUUCAGUUUUGGAUUUCUUCCUGGGAUCGGGCUACCUGGAUCGUUCUCCAGUUUUCUUUGGCUUUUAUACACGUGGUUCUUUGAAUAUGCCAUGUUUGAAUACUCCUCUGCUGUACCUUGCGGGAAUCCUUGUCAUCCUCUUGCUCAGUCUUAUCAUGGUGGUCCGCAGAACCAUAGUUGGCUACAAGCACACCUGGAUGCUGGGGAAGCGUUACAACAUGUAUGUGAGCUAUAAAAUGUUCUGUGGCUGGGACUUCAAUAUCCAGGACCCUGCUGCUGCUACUCUCAAACACAGCUUCAUCAGAAAUGACCUGAAGCUGUUCUUGGAGGAGCAGACGUUCUCUCUGCGCGAGGCUCAGAGGACACUUGGCCAGAGGAUUCGUCUCUACCUGCUGAGGUUCAUCCUCAAUCUGAUUGUCCUGUCUCUGCUGGGAGGAGCCUUUUACCUCAUUUAUUUUGCCACUGUGACAUCACAGUCAGAGGGGCAGAAGAGAGGGCACUACUGGUUGGUCAGUCUCUUCCUGCAGUACCUCCCUCCCAUCACCAUCACCUUUGUCAACCUGUUCCUCCCUCACGUCUUCCGGAAGAUUUCCUCUUUUGAAGACUACUCCUUUACCAUGCAGGUCAAUGCCACACUGGUGAGGAGUAUCUUUCUGAAGCUGGCGUCUUUGGGGAUAUAUCUGUUUUUCCUCUUCACGACAAAUCUUGAGCCGUGUUGGGAGAACCAGUUUGGUCGAGAGAUGUACAAGCUGUGUAUCUUCAAUUUCCUUGCCACUUUCAGCAGCACCUUCCUCUUGAGCUUCCCCAGGAAGUUACUCCAGGAGAAAUACCCCUUGUCCUCACUGGCCAAGAUGUUGGGGAAACAGCGCUUCCUGAUCCCUUUCAAUGUCCUGGACCUGGUGUACGGUCAAACUGUGUCCUGGGUGGGAGUGUACUACUGCCCUCUCCUGCCUCUGAUAGGAACUGUCACACUGACGGCCACUUUCUACAUUAAAAAGUUCGUAGUCCUGCGGUGCUGUGCAGCAGAGCAGAGGAUGUUUCGAGCCUCCAGCUCCUCAGUUUUAUUCCACUUCAUGUUGCUGCUUGGUCUCCUCAUGGCUGCUGCCACACUGGCCUACAACUUCUUCAGGUUCUCCAUGUCUUCCUCCUGUGGUCCAUUUGGAAAUGGUGCCACAGUGUUUAAUGUGACAGGAGUGUGUGUGGACAUUCUACCCGGUCCUGCUCAGACCACGCUCCGAUACCUGUCCUCUGAGGCGUUUGCCCUGCCACUCCUACUGGGUGAAAUUAUAAUCUUAACCUCCUAUGUGUCACGAGGACGAGCCAAUCAGAAAGCAAUUGAGAGACUGAAAGACAUGCUAGUUAUGAGCAGCUCUGAUAAGCGUUUCCUGGUGAAACAGCACGCCACCAUGCUUAGAGGUCAGAGGAAUGUACGCAGAGUCCGUUCUACAGGCACAGUUGAGGACAACUCCCUCAGCCAGCAACAGAAGGACCCCCCUCCAAACUGAUCAGUGUCCUCAGACUGUCUCACAGUCUUACAAUUAAUCUUCUUUUUUUUUUUUAAAACACAGUUGCUUGGCUAGAAGUUGCUAAAAAUAAAAAGUUUGAAGCUUUGGCUUGAAGAUAAGAUGUGCAAUGGUGACAGUAAUCAGCAAAGAUUACUUUUUCUUUUUGUAUCUUCUGAAAAAAAUUAACUUUGUAUUUAAAUGACUUAAAGUUUGUUGCUUGAUGCACAUCA